CACAUUUUCUCUCUCUUCUCUCUGUUUUUCUCUCUCCUCUCUCUCUCUCUCUCUUAACUAUUUAUCUAAAGCAUCACCGAAAUGAAUUGAAUUAAAAAAAUUGGGGACAAUUUGGGUCGCAAAAUCAAAACCCUUUUUGGGUUCUUAUGAUUUAUUGGUGAAUUCGUCAUCGUCGUCAUCUCCAUCAACAAUAAAAUAAAAUAAAAUAAAAACGCAGCGUACCCACAACGAAUCGUUCAUUUUUUUGUGAUUGCAAUUCGCAAAUUCAUCCUUCGUGUAAUCUUUCGCACCAAUUUUCAUAGAUGGGUGAUAUUGAAGAAAUUGGAGCUGAUGUUUGCUCAGAUAUAGAUGUUGACGAUAUUAGAUAUCACAAUAUAGCUGAGAAAGAUGUCAGCGAUGAAGAGAUUGAACCAGAAGAUUUGGAGAGGCGGAUGUGGAAGGAUCGUAUCAAACUCAAAAGGCUCAAGGAAAAACAAAAGCUUGCGGCACAGCAAGCUGCAGAGAAGCAAAAGCCAAGGCAGUCAACUGAUCAAGCUCGCAGAAAGAAAAUGUCGAGGGCUCAAGAUGGGAUUCUUAAGUAUAUGCUGAAGCUUAUGGAAGUCUGCAAAGCGCGUGGAUUUGUGUAUGGAAUCAUUCCUGAGAAGGGAAAGCCUGUUAGUGGUUCUUCAGAUAACAUAAGAGCUUGGUGGAAAGAAAGGGUGAAAUUCGAUAAGAACGGCCCUGCAGCCAUAGCCAAGUACGAAGCAGAGUGUCUUGCUAUGAGCGAGGCUGAUAAUAACCGAAAUGGGAACUCCCAGAGCAUGCUUCAAGACCUGCAAGAUGCAACACUUGGGUCACUCUUAUCUUCUUUGAUGCAACAUUGUGAUCCUCCUCAGAGGAAAUAUCCGUUGGAAAAGGGUAUUCCCCCGCCUUGGUGGCCAACUGGGAAUGAAGAUUGGUGGUCGCAUUUGAAUUUACCUCAUGGUCAGAGUCCUCCGUAUAAGAAGCCACAUGAUUUGAAGAAGAUGUGGAAAGUGGGAGUGUUAACUGCUGUUAUAAAGCACAUGUCGCCCGAUAUUGCAAAAAUAAGGAGGCACGUCCGCCAAUCAAAAUGCUUGCAAGACAAGAUGACAGCAAAGGAAAGUUCGAUUUGGUUGGGUGUAUUAAGUCGAGAAGAAGCUCUCAUUAGGCAGCCAAGUAGUGAUAACGGUACGUCUGGAAUAACCGAAAUGCCACCUGGUGUUCCUGUCGAGAAUAAGCAAGCUGCUGCUAGCAGUGCUAGUAACUACGAUGUUGACGGUAUCACUGAUGAUGGCGUUGGUUCUGUUUCUUCUAAAGAAGACAGAAGCAAUCAGUUUAUGGAUACCGAACCAUCAGAUAACUCGCGCAGGAAUCCUGUUCAAUAUACAGAUCAAGCUAAGAAGCAACCUAGAAAGAAAAGACCCCGUUCGAAGUCAAGUGCAACCGAAAAAUUACCAGCGCAAUCUGACAAUGAAAUUUUGCAUGUUGAACCUAGAAGCAAAAUGCCAAAUAUGAACGAAACAGAAGCACAGGUUGUCGGACUCCAGAUUCCUCAUGAAAAUGAACAGGGCAACGGGACAGAUUCUGUUUUGAGAUUGCCGAAUAAAGGACACGAGGUGCCAGCUCAGCUACCAGCACCCGAGUUUGAUCAUAUCUCUUAUCUGCAUGCAAACAAUAUGAUAUCCUCAGAAAAUGUGUAUAUGGGUGGAAGGCCAUUGCACUAUCCUCAGUUGCAAAACCCCAACAUACCCAACAUGCCACACGAAGCUGCUUAUAAUAUUUACAAUCCAGUGGCUGGAUAUGGUCCUAGCCACGAUGGGCAGCAUUUGCAGCCCGGAAACAGUGAACCAAUUAGGCCGGAGAACUCUGCAAUAUCUAUGCCUGCAGGUGCAGCACAAAUGAAAGGUGAUGAAAUUAAUGGAGGAGACUUGAAUUAUUUCGGCAAAGACGCGUUCCAAAAUGAGCUCGAUCGGCCUAUAGAUCCCUUCUUUGGCUCGCCAAUCAGUAACUUGUCAUUUGAUUUUGGAGGACUUAACAGUCCACCAUUCCAUUUAGAUGAUUUCUUGGGUGAUGAUGAAAUGAUCCAAUACUUCGGAGCAUAGAUGAUUAUUGGAACUAGUGACUCAGCAGAAGCUGAACUAAAGAAAUUCCAGCACUCAAUGUUCAAAUGGGUGAAGGUUCAAAGAUUGAUAUUAACGUUUAUGCAGUUUGAGGCGGAAAGGUAUAAUAAUGUUAACAUUGAUGAGAAGUCUUAAAUUUGCUGUGCUUGAAGAACCGACUGAAUUGUAGUAUGAAUUUUGUUUAAUUAAUUAUUACCCCAUUACCAUAUCAAUAUAUGUUUUGGGGUUUCAUGUAAAUGCGUUAUUUGUUGGGUUGGUUGAACUACACAUUUGAAUAUUUUUAGGUUAAUUUAUUUGGGAUAGGGUUGCUUCAAUGCUUCUAAAUUUUAAUAAAUUAUCGGUCUUUGUGGUCUUUUAUUC